UCUCUGCUGUGCCUAGAUAGAGUAGAGUAGUCUGAGGCAGCUCUGAGAGGACAAACAUUUCACACUAGAUUACGGGAUGCUUAUUUAAACAAAACAAAUCCAGAGCGGAAGGAGUGAGAAUUUACGCUCUUUUUCAUCCCACAACUUUAUAUGACUUCUUCUGAUUCUACUUCUUCCACAAAAUAUACUAGUAACAAGAAACCAAGAAAAGAAAAAAUCCCAUCACUUUUCUUCUCUUCUACCUAUAUACUACUGCACUUCCAAAGCAAGCAAUAGUACUUGCUGAAGUUAACAACUCUUAGAGAAAACAGAACCCAUUUCUUUUCUUCUUUCACUGUCUUCAGAGCAAUGGAUGAUUUCAAGAGGAAUCAAAUACCUGCAUUUGGGAACUGGGAUUUCUCAGAUGGGUUACCGAUUACACAGUAUUUUGAAUCAGCAAGACAAGCUGGAUUAGUUAGAUACAGCUGUGGUGAAAGGGAUUUGUACGGUGCUGUUGCUGAUGAUUCUCUUUACUCUAAUCCUCCUCAUAGUUAUCAGCAUGAUCUUAUCAAACCACCGUCCAUUACUGUUGUUUCUCGCAGAAAGACAAAGGGAGGAGUACCAAGGGAGAAACGUUACAGCAACAACAACAAUAAUAAUAGUAUCAAGGAACAAAAGAAGCAUGGUAGGGUAUAUGACGUGACUGAACCGGCAAAACAUCACCAGCAGCAGCAGCAUCAUUCAUCGUAUUCACAUGAUGAUGAUGAUGAUGAUGAUGAAGUUGAACAAUAUCACCAUCAGCAACGUUACAUCCCUCAUCCACAAAGAAUUCCCAAAGCUGUUGAUGAAGAUCUUUACAAAAUCCCACCUGAACUUCUCUACAAACCUAAAAGAAACAAGAUGCUUGGAUUCUUCUCAUGCUUAGUACCCACUUGUGCUGCUUGAAACUGAAGAAGAAGAAGAAGAAGAAGAAGAAGAAGAAGAAAGAAGAAGCUUAAUUUUAGGUUUAAUAUACUUAUAGAAAUAUAUAAUAGAUCAGUCUCUAAUUAAGUUAAGUUAAUUUCAAGAGGUUGUUCUUAAUCACUUGGUUAUUUUGUAUUAAUCCAACAUCCUUAGAGGGGUUAAAUUAAGUAUCUAUCUUUAAUUUUUAAUUUUCUUGCGUGGAGUGUCAAUGAAUGAAUGAAAACAGUUAUCCAUCACUCAA